AUAAGUGUCCGAAUCAUGGACAGUAAUCGACUAUCCGCAGAACCGAAUCUAGGAGCUUUUGGGUUUCUAGCUGCACGCAAACCUAUUGAGCACAUUGAACCUUGUCAUCAUUCAAACCUAACGAACCCGUUAACCAAUGAGGUUUCAGUAUAUACGUUGUGUCGGAUGCUGGUUUCGGCCUUCUCCUUCGCGUUGUGUAUCGAAGCCGUAGUUCAUGAACAGCACCCGUCGCGCCGCAAAUUUAUGAAGUGCGUGCUUCUUGGUGCUUCGAAACGAUCAAACCUUGUGGUAAUCAAUUUUUGGUUCGGAACUCGGGCUUCCAAGGUGCCGUUCGUACCCAGCCGUUUCUAUUCGCUCCAGUGGAAACCUCCGAAUCCGUUCAGAAGCUUACCGCUAGUGACAAGCUUUGACGGCGCACGCGUCGACGACGCACGGGCAUCGAACCGCCGGCUUCGAAUUCAGACACGGUCGUGGCGUUCACAAGCACCAAAAGACCUCAGUCUGGAGAAAAACGAAGUAGAUGGUUUCAUCACACCAUCGGACCAAUCCUGUCGCAUACAGAAGCGGCUUGGGGACAUGGUAGCAAGGCCGACUGGGGCUGACGAAAGACAAGAGCCUUGGUGCUACACGGGGCGAGAUGGCCCAAGUGUCCGUGGAGGUCCAUUUGUUGACCCCGCUUCUACAAGUAUGAACUCUGCAACUGCUUUCUAUAGCGGAUUAUCUCUUGCGAUAUCCUCCACUUUGCUGAUCGGUACCGGUUUCAUCUUCAAAAAGAGAGCACUUCUCCGCGCUGGAGCAGCAGGAACGCGCGCAGGCGAUGGUGGACUGCUGUAUCUACGGGACUGGGUAUGGUGGAUUGGUCUGAUCUUAUUAGGCUUGGGCGAGGGUGCGAACUUUGUGGCCUAUGCCUUGGCGCCAGCUGCCCUGGUUACGCCACUUGGGGGCCUCUCUGUUCUGGUGUGUGCCGUACUAAGCGCUAGAUUUUUGAACGAGCACUUGAAUUUGGCCGGUAAACUGGGCUGUGUCGUUUGCCUUUUGGGAUCCACUCUAAUCGUGCUCCACGCACCCAAAGAACAACCAGUUGAAACGCUUCUGCAAAUGCGCAUGAAUUUUACCGAACCCGCUUUCCUGAUCUAUGCAUCAUCCGUGGCCAUCUUAAAUGUCUUACUAAUUUUCGUCGCUGGUCCUCGAAUCGGAAAGUCCAAUCCACUGGUGUACGUUGUCAUUAGUGCCAGUUUGGGUUCCAUUUCAGUGAUGGCCUGUAAGGGACUUGGACUAGCACUUCGAGAGAUACAACUUCUCGGUUUGUGGGGACUUUUAACGUACUGGUUUUUCUGGCUACUGGUCAUCCUUUUGGCCUUCGGAAUAUCGAUUCAGCUCUACUUUUUGAAUCGUGCGCUUGACAUAUUCAACACUGGACUAGUUACCGCGUUGCUGUACGUGUUCUUCACCGUGUUUGUCCUCGUCGCCUCGGCUAUUCUCUUUCACGAAUGGGUCACACUGAAAGCAGUGGACUACUUCGAACUCAUCUGCGGCAUGUUAAUGAUAAUGACUGGUGUACUCAUGAUGACCGUGCUGAAGAACAUGAAUGGACAUGGAAGGAAUCCUUCAUUCAACUUCGAUUUUCUCCGAAAGCGUGCACCGUAUAGGGACUCGUCUAAAGAAAACCUUUUACGAUCGGGAUCUGCAUCGACAGACAGCGAUUCGGAUGAUUCACAGCACAAACAGCAUAAACCACAGUCAGAUUCGGCGAACAGUCUAGAAUCCCUUUCUUCUCUCUGGAAUUCGCCUGCUUGAAUUCAGUCCUUAUGCAUUCCAGUACUUGGAUUCUUUCCUCUCCUGGCACAUGUCUGUUUAUCCUAAAGAGCUGCGUCUUGCCAACCGCGACUGACGCUUCUGCAUACACGGAGUGACUAACGUUCCGUCGUUUUGUUCAGAUUCGCCUCCCUAACAUCAUUCUCUGCCCUUUUCAGAUUAUCUAAAAGACCGACAUUGUGUAUUUUGACAAUCCCUGUCGCCCUUAGUCCUGAAAUGAUUUCACGAGAUGACCCUACGGUUAACUGAGGUUCGUCAUUUCUACUCUUCCCGAUAAAUGCAUUUUUAACACCCGAUGAAUGAACUAGUGCUUUCUAAACAAACCUCUUUUGCCUAUUCCCUGGGUCUCUCUCAUUUCUUGUCAGUGGUAACCUAAUUCGGCUCAGAUCACAACUGUAAAAUUUUAAUAAGGUUUCUAAUUUGUGUCCCUUUGGAACACUGAUCAAAACAACUUGAUAGAUUAUACUACCUCCCGUGAACGACUACUGACGUGUUGCACAUCUAAUCACCUAACGCAUCGAUCCGGCAUGUGAAUGGUUCCAAAGAACAAACAGCAUUUUGCUCUGUUUGCAUAACAAAGUCCACGAAUUUGUGUACUCGUGGUGAUGCCAACAAAUAUCCGUACGCGGCGCCACCAGCGAGAUGUUCCAGCUACUCAUUGAUUUAAGAAAGCAACACUAGACUGUGGUAUUGGCUGCCGUCAAUGGCACAUGUCUAGUCCUCUUUGGACCAAGAACAGUUCUCGAUGUUCACAUUCUUGGAGUAAAUCGUUCGUCCAUGUGGCCAUCAAACAGACUUCACCUCAAGGGAUUUGCAUAAUACAGCUGAUGAAAUAUAUCCAACUCCUCGACAGCUUCUGGCCGUUCAGAAUGACCUUCAGCCGGUCCCAUCAGUGCGUCUUGUCCGUUGUAAUAUCUUCGUUAUUCAUCAUGUUUUCCCCCAAAAGACA